CUAGUCUAUCGCAGCUGAUAAACUGCUAGUAGAGAAUUAGAGAUGAUUUGAGAAACAACAGCAUGGAAAGUGAAAAAGUGGCGCAUGAAAUGUAAGCGUGGUGAAGCUGGUUUGUGAUGGUGCUGAAAGUAAGAAAUGAUGAGAAAGUGGUGAUCUAGAAGAACAACACAGAUGAAGGAUGGAAUAUGAGUAUUCUGCUUUCAGGAGGGAAGCUGAUACACACAAUACUUGUUGUGGUGGUUUAGUGUGGUGUAUUAAGGAUAUUUGUGGUAUCAUUUGUGCUAUUCUGACAUGGCUACUGAUACUUUAUGCAGAGUUUGUUGUUGUGAUGGUUAUUAUGGUUCCAAGUCCAUACCCUCUGUACAGCACAGUCAAUAUGAUUAUAUUUCAGACUUUUGCAUUCUUGGCCUUUGCUUCUCAUCUGAGAGCAAUGUUUACAGACCCAGGUGCAGUUCCAAAAGGAAAUGCCACAAAAGAGAUGAUCCAGCAAAUGGGUUUUCGAGAAGGUCAGGUUAUAUUCAAGUGCCCCAAAUGCUGUAGCAUCAAACCAGAAAGAGCACAUCAUUGCUCUGUUUGCCAAAGAUGUAUUAGGAAGAUGGAUCACCAUUGUCCAUGGGUCAAUAACUGUGUUGGUGAAAACAAUCAAAAGUAUUUUGUGUUGUUUACGUUUUACAUUGCAGCAAUAUCGGUGCAUGCACUGUUCCUGUCAAUCAACCAGUUCAUCAUAUGUGUUCGCCAUGAGUGGAAGGACUGUUCUACUUACUCACCUCCUGCCACUGUAGUUCUGCUGCUCUUCCUGGUCUUUGAAGCUCUUCUGUUUGCCAUAUUUACUGCUGUGAUGUUGGGAACACAGUUGCAGGCCAUCUGGAAUGAUGAAACGGGAAUUGAGCAACUGAAAAAGGAAGAGGCACGAUGGGUGAAGAAGUCCCGGUGGAAGAGCAUACAGGCAGUCUUUGGACGAUUUUCACUCGCCUGGUUCUCUCCAUUUACAAGGCCACCUUCUAAAUCAAAAGUUGAGAGCUACCUAUAUUCAGUCUGAAGCCCAAAGUCAGUGAGGUUACCUUGUAUUUUAAGCAACUAAUGACUUUUACAUUUUAAUCUGUACACACACAUGGCUGAAAGUUUAUAUUAAGAAUUCAUUGCAAAAUUUUUUAUGAGCUUUUCCAGACACCUGUAGUUUACCUGCUGUGAAGGUUCAGUGUUUUUUUCCAUCUUGCCUAUUGAGCAAGAUUAUUAUAAGGAGUGACAUAAAACUGUGGUUGUUGUUCUCACUGAAAAAUAAUGUACUUUCAUUUCACAGUGACUUUUUGAUAACAUUACUGUUUUGGUGCUAAGGUCACAUUUGUACACUUGUUCUCAUUGCCGCUGGUAUUGAAUACCUAAUGUCAGUAUGUAACUUUGAUCAUACUAGCCUGCUCAUCUCAGUCCUCUUCUGCCUAUUGAAUGUGUGUCAUAGCAUCUGUCAUUUUGACUGUGCAGAGUAUAAUAAUUUCUAUGUCUUGUGCACUGGGAGCACCUACGAUUGUAAUUAAAAAAGUGGAAAAUAACUAUCCCAAAUUAAACUAUGAAAUAUAGUUGAGAGAAAAGAGGUCUAACCAUGUUAGAUAGCUAUGUUUAAGCUGACAAAAUAUCAGUUAUGUGCAAAUGGUACAUCAGAGUUUGCCCCAUAAACUUUUUUGAUCCGCAAGUCGAAAGUAACUAAGUGAAUGUUACUUGUAAUCAUUUUUGGAUAACCCAGUGUACAGUGAUCCAUAUCAUGAAAUUGACUUCUGCAGAAUUUGAGUGAUUUCAGCAUGCCAUACUGUCACGUAUUUACACGCAGUGUGCAGGCUAAAUUACAAUCAGACUGCAAACAGUGAAAUAAGACAGAAUACAAAAAGAGUCAAAAACCAACUUCUGUUUGUCUAGUUCCUACGUUAUUUAUUAUAUUGUGUUCUCUAUCAUGACAUUCCUGUCCCAGUGCGGUACAAAUCAAUUUUAUGGUAAAUACUUAUUUCAUAUCAUCAAUUUGUUGGAUUUGCCAUGUUUGCUCAGAAAUGGUUUGGACUACUGUGACAUGUUCCUGUAGUGGCCAUAUAUUUCUCAAAACUGGCUUAAUGUCUGUAAGCACUCCUUGCAAAACAAAACGUACUCUUUCAUAAAACCAUCACAGUUUAUUGAAUUCCUUAGCCAUAUAUUUUUUAUCAUUUGUUAUAAUUAUAUACAAAGAAGACAUAGUCUUUAUUGCUGUCAUUGUGAAGGUGGCAUUAAAUAGUUUAGUACACAUCAAUAGUAUUACCUACUGACAGCAUGAUUCUCUAAACAGUGUAUAAUAUGUAUUUCCUAUUUUUGUACAGUUGUAUAUACUAAUUCUGUUAAAUAGCAAUGCUUUUUGUAUCCAACAAAGAAAAUUGGUAAAUGGCAUGACCAUUGUCAGUACUGUGAUUUCCUCAUCUGUUUUAUUUGUUUUAUAUUAUAUGUUGAAUAAAUAUUGCCAACAAAU